UUAAUUGGAAACGUUGUCGGGAUGUUGGUCUCUCUCAUCUGCUACUUAGAAAGACAAAGGCUCAGUGGGGGGGUCUUCACACCUCACUGCGUGGCGGCGCUAUAAAGCAAGACCUUUCUGCGCAGAGUUGUAUUCAUCCUCCAGCUUUACGUGGAUCCACAGGACAGCAAAGGCAGGAUGCACGCGCAGAACGGAGCAUUGGGAGUUUGCGGACACCCCGCGCGUAAUUACGCACGGGGGCCGGUUUUCCAGCCGGGUCACGGGGAUCAAAGUACUCCGACGGCAAAGCGGCCCAGCGGAAAGUCUUUCACCAUCGAGGCCUUGCUGUCCAAACCGGAGGAGACCGUGAACGCGUGGAGGAAUCCGACACAGCGCGGAGUGAACCUCCAGCCGGCCGCAGCUUUUCCGCUUGGACACGCCGGGUUUCCGAUGAUUCCAGCACCUUACGUAUGGCACUCCACCUUCCACACGCAGGCCGGAUAUCCCGUCUCUUGCUGCCCCCCUCUCACGUACCAGCCAUCGUGCCGUGGAGCAUUUUACGCACAAGCUGCUAUGUCCAAAGUCAAUGCGGGCCUGCAAUCAUUCAAAGCCAAAAGUGGGAAGUCCAAACGAAUGCGCACGAGCUUCACCAGCGAGCAGCUCUCCCGCCUGGAGAAGGAGUUUGCCCGUCAGCAGUACAUGGUCGGUUCAGAACGGUUCCUCCUCGCCUCAGCGCUGAAUCUCACAGAGGCUCAGGUCAAAGUUUGGUUCCAGAAUCGACGCAUCAAGUGGCGCAAACAGAGCCUCGAACAGCAGCAGGCCAAACUGGCCAAGCUGGGUCUGGCUGCUCCACUGAAGAGUCCCGGGUCAGAAGGCCACGAGGGCGACGAUGACCAGGACUUCUCCGAGUCAGAUGUGGAAAUCAACGUGAUGGAGGAUUCUUCAGAGCUCUGAGCUCCACUUUACAAAGGGACUUCUCUGUAAAAACAUAUUCUAUAGAUUUAUAGUUUUAUAUUUAUGCUUACCUCUAAUGAGUUCACUUCAUGUAAAGGUUUCCAUUUGAGUGACCUGCAGAAAUAUAUUUUAUUAUGAUUCU